AUGGACGGAAGGAGCUGCGGAGUCAUGUGUAUGACAGUUGCUGCUGGCAGCCAUCGUGGCGCCACGAUCGCGGCCCUGCCACAGCCACGUUGUGGCAGAAAGUCCCGUUUAGGCAGGAAUGAUGGGUGUUCCCCCGGCAUCGACGUCGACGAGGCCGAGCAGAUUUUGGAGGAGGUCUUCGACUUGGACGGCCUGUCAACAAAGCCAAAGGUGCACUCACUCGGACUGGACCCGUUCAGCUUUGGCUGCAACAUCAAGAGGGUGGCGACUGUCACCUUUGCCAAUACGCCCGAGACCCUUCGCUACGGUGAUCGCUGGGGCAUCCGGAAGCGCGUGUCGGUCAAGGGCACUACGAUAGACAUCGAGCUGGAGAUUGACACGACGUUCCUAGGCUUCACGCCGCUCAACCUAGUCAAGGAUGACGUGGACCACAAGAUUGAGUGA